CGCAAUGCGUUUGCAUCCAGGCAGGAACGUUCGUCGUUGCUGCCCGGCUUGUGAACUCGGCCAACCCAGCCCGCAAUCACCGCAUACCAGGACGGUCGCAUUCAUGACACGCACCGACCCUCUUUCCCCGCCACUCCAAUCCGCUUCGCUUCGCGAUGAUGUGGACGCUAGCUGCGAAUGAAGUCCAUCAUCUCUUGGAACGCGAACGCUUGCUAUACCUCCGGUCCCUUUUCGACUCUCGAAAGAGUGUGCAUCUGGGCAGAAGUUGUGAAGAGAUGGUGGUGGGAGGAGCAGUGAAGAGUCGCAAGGUAUGGCACUCAUCGAUCGCGAGGCGCUCUCUACGUCUGCGAAGCUGCACCGUUUGACCCAACUAGGCCUCAACGUGUUGCAACAAGCAUACUAGAUAGCUAAUACGGUAUCUGAGCGUCGAAGGCAGAUUCGUAAAGCCUCCGGCGCAGACCUCUAUCAGGCGCACGCUAUCUUUCGGGUCCAAAAAUACUGACAACGAGGAGUCGCAGCUCCCUGGAUAUGUUCGACGACGUCAUUUAUGAGUGGCCCCUGGCUAGAACACCCCUCUGCAGUCCGUAUGUGUAACUUGGGCGAAAUAUCGUCCGCGUGCCAAUCACCAGGUGAUGAACAUGUCCCAUAUGUACCACUAACGAAAUCCCGCGACGCCCAAAAUACUAGGCUCAAAUCCCACCGGUUGUUUCGUAUGGUCGCCGAGUACUGCUCAUUCAGGUCCGAGGACGAAGUGGACGGAGAUGGUCGUUCUUGUCCAGAAUAGGCCGAAAGUUAGCGUGCCGGACCUCGAGAACGGUUGUAGCGAUCUGCGACGCUCGCCCGUGGCGGAGCCGUGCGAGACGACGUUUCGGGCGGGCGCACGAGGCGUCAUGCAACCAUCCCAAUGGUCACCUGGUCGUCCCAAGCCGGCGCCCACAGCAGAUUUCGCGAUGGCGAACGGUUUCGUGUCUCUGCCUACCGUCUCUUAUCAUAUGUCAGCCAUCCCGCCUCGUGGUAUUCAGGUACGACGGAAGCCAGGAUGAUCACAAGUGGGUGUCCGCGAGAAUGCUACCGCCAGGCCCCAGGUCAUGGCCGCGCAGCACAUGCACCUGCAGAACGCCAGCCGCGUUGCACGAGUAGGCGCCUGGCAACACACAGUACUGUCCCUGCUAAUUUCGUCGCGGCCCAGCGCACGUCGCGGGCGGCGAACGGCUCGGCGAAGAGGAGCACGUGUGGUAGCGAGCAAGGUUCCGAGAGGGCUGGCAGGGCUGGCAAGUGGAUUGUGAUGGAAGCCCCACUGCGUCUCUCUUAGCGUCAAUUUCCGCUGCUAUUCUUUCCACUCGCCCGGGCUACUUAAACCCGCGCCUCAUUCCAUCCCUCUUGUCCUUGUCCGACGACCUCCCCCUCCCUGGCCCCUCACACUCUCCUUGGAACCCCCACCGCCAUCGCCAUGGUCUCCUUCAGCGCCCUCUUGUCCUCGGUCUCCGUUCUCGCCGCAUUCUUCGUGCCCGCCGUCCUGGGCGACAACCCCAUCAACUCCGCCUUUGCGUAUGGCUCCACCAAAGUGCGCGGUGUGAACCUGGGAGGUUGGCUGGUCUUGGAGCCGUGGAUCACCCCAAGCCUGUUCGACCACACCGGAAACUCUGCGAUCGUGGACGAGUGGACGUUCGGCCAGCUGCAGAACCGCAACACCGCACUGUCCGCGCUGCAGAACCACUGGAACACAUGGAUCACCGAGCAGGACUUCAUUAGCAUCGCUAACGCUGGCCUCAACCACGUCCGCAUUCCCAUCGGAUACUGGGCCUUCGAGGUUGGCCCGGGCGAGCCCUACAUUUCCGGCCAGCUGCCCUACCUCCAGAAGGCAGUCGGCUGGGCGCGCUCGCACGGACUCAAGGUCAUCGUUGACUUGCACGGAGCUCCGGGAAGCCAGAACGGUUUUGAUAACUCUGGACAUCGUAUUUCAUUCCCUCAGUGGCACUCCAACUCGACCAACGUUGCGCGCACGGAUGCGAUCAUCAAGCGGAUCGCGUCCCUGUUCGUCAACGACCAAGACGUCGUGACGGUGAUCGCGCCCCUAAACGAACCCGCCGGCUUCGACGGCUCCGACGUCCUGAGCGUUGUCCAGCAGUAUUGGUACGACUCCUACGGCAACAUUCGCUUCCCCUACGGCACGUCCCAACAGAGCAACACGGUCGUUCUACUCCACGAUGCCUUCCAGCCUCUGAGCUACUGGCAGGGCUUCCAGACGCCCCCGAAUUGGCAGGGUGUGGCAAUGGACACACACAUCUACCAGAUGUUCUCGCAGGACGAGGUCAGUCGUUCGAACCAGCAACACAUCCAGGCAGCGUGCAACAUGGCGUCGUCCCUCUCUUCGUUUGACCUCUGGCUUAUUGUCGGCGAGUGGACGCCCGCCGCGACGGACUGCGCGACCUACCUGAACGGCCUCGGUGUCGGCGCGCGCUUCGACGGCUCCUACCCCGGCUCGACGCGUGUGGGUAGCUGCUCCGGCAUCACCGGUUCCUCGUCCACGUUCAGCUCGAGCUACAAGACCUUCCUCCGCCAGUACUGGGAGGCACAGACGAUCACGUACGAGAAGGCUGCAGGCUGGAUCCAGUGGACGUGGAAGGCGGAGAACGCCGACGACUGGUCCUACCAGGCCGGCCUCGAGGGCGGGUGGAUCCCCCAGAACCCCACGCAGCGCCAGUUCCCGAACAUCUGCGGCUGAGCGGCAGAGGCCCGCAGCGUCUCUUGCGUUCGGCGCGGAGGCGGCGUUCCGCUCCGUGUAUACCCCACUCACACCGCGUGUCUGCGCCGGUGUGCGCAACAGGAUCGGAUGGCGAAGCUGCGCCGACCUAUCCGGAUUUUUAUGACUCUUGACGAUACGUGCUGUUUCCCCGAGAUUUGGAGUUUCUGCUGGCCGUGCGCGGCGACUUGUAUUAUAACCGAGCAACACAGAUGUGAUCACUACUUACAUGUAUUGUGGUCGGUCUGAUGUAUCAUACACGUCUUUCUUUUACCA